CAUCUUCUCAUAUCCAGUUCGGGUUCGGGUAAACCAUCGCCAUCAUGGGGUUGAAAUCGAAGUGCGACCUCUCCUCUCCCAACGCGCAGUAUGACUACUGUGCCAGCGGCCCCGCGGCCAUCCUUUUCUCUGUCCUCUUCGGCAUCACCAUGAUCGCCCACCUUACCCAAGCCAUCAUCUACCGCAAGCGAUUCUGCUGGGUGAUCGUGAUGGGCACCGCGUGGGAAUGCCUGGGGCUGAUCAUGCGGACGUAUUCCACGAUCAACCAAGUCGAGUCCAACACCGCAUCGGCCGGGCAACUGCUCGUCCUGCUGGCGCCGCUGUGGGUCAACGCCUAUGGAUAUAUGAUCUUCGGUCGCAUGGUGUAUUACUAUCUGCCCGAUAGGAAGAUCGCGGGCUUCCGGGCGGAGAAGCUGGCGAAGGUGUUUAUCUGGCUGGAUGUUACAUCGUUCAUCGUCCAAGCCACUGGGGGAAUCAUGGACUCCGAUUUCAGCAAUGAGAUGGACACGAUUGGUCUGCAUGUGUACACGGCCGGGAUUGCCAUGCAGGAGUUCUUCAUCCUCUGCUUCUGUGGCCUGCUCGUCACGUUCCAUCGGCGCAUGCAGGGCGGAGGGGGAAAUGCAGAGCGAGGGACGGAGUGGAAGACGUUGGCGAUUGCCAUGUAUGCGACGUUGGGGUGCAUCACGAUCCGCAUCAUUUACCGUCUUGCCGAAUAUGCCGAUACCAACACCGCCGGAACGAGCAUCCUGACGACGAAAGAGGCCUUCUUUUACUGCCUCGAAUGCGUGCCGAUCUUCUCCGCCAUGGUGAUCUGGAAUAUCUGGCACCCGGGUCGGCUGAUGCGUGGACCGGAGAGCGAGUUUCCCAAGAAGAUCAAGAUCUCGCGGAAAGAGCGCAAGAGGAUGAAGCGCGAGGAGAAAGCGCAGAGAAAGAAUGGCGGGAAGAAUGGCAAUUACGAGAAUCCACUGACUCAAUCCAGCGAUGAGGCGAUGCUGGGGGAGGGUCGGGGUGAGUGGCCGUUGGAUCGGAUGGAUGACGUGGAGACGGGUUAUGUGCGAUGAUGAGGCAACACCCAAGGAUAUAGCGAAC